AUGAAGAUGAUGAUGUGCUCUUUUAACAUUACUGUUGAUAUAUUUACUUAUAGUACUGUCAUUAACUGUUGUUGUCACUUAAAACGAGUUGAUUAUGGCUUUACGCUGUUGGCUGCCAUCUUUAAACGUGGUUUUGUCCCGAAUGUUGUUACCUACACAACUCUUCUUAGGGGACUCAUUUCCCAGGACAAGUUUCUUGAGGCUGAGCUUCUCUUCAAGAACCUUCUCAAGCACAAUCAAGUUGAGCCCAAUGCAGUUAUCUUUAACACCAUUAUUGACGGCCUCUGCAAAACAGGGAACACUUCCCAGGCUAUGAUGUUGCUUAGAUACAUGGAGAACAAAAGUUGUAUGCCGGAUGUAGUAACUUACAACACUGUUAUUGAUAGUUUGUCCAAAGACAGAUUAGUUGAUGAAGCUCUGGGUCUUCUUGCCGAAAUGAGUGACAAAAGCAUUCAACCAAGUGUUGUAUCCUAUAACUCAUUAACUCAUGGUAUGUGCAACCUUAACCGAUGGGAAGAUAUAACACUAUUGUUGAAAGAUAUGGACAGACACAAAAUUUCUCCAAAUAAGCGUACUUAUAAUAUAUUGGUUGAUGCACAUGCCAGAGAUGGAAAGGUCAAAGAUGCUGAACAUCUGAUAGAUUUGAUGCUUCGAAGAGGCCAACCUCCAGAUGUAGUCACAUAUAAUACGCUAAUGGAUGGAUACUGCUUGCGGGGAGAAUUGGAUAAAGCAUUAGCAGUGCUUGAAACAAUAAGAAUUGAGGGGAUUUUGCCAGACACUCAGACCUAUAAUACAUUGAUCAAUGGUUAUUGUAAGAAGAUGAAAGUAGACACAGCAAUACAUCUCUUAGAAGAAAUGCCCCUGAAAGGUUUAACACCUACAGUUGAAACGUACAAUACUAUUUUGGAUGGGUUAUUUCGUACACGUAGGCUUGAUGAAGCACAUAAGUUUUAUAAGAAAAUGUUAAACCAAAGUGUAAAACUGAAUAUAGUGACAUGCAGUAUCUUGCUUCAUGGACUUUGCUGGAAUGGACUUGUUGGUGAAGCGAUUACCAUGUUUCACAAGAUGGAGUCAUGUCGCUUAGUUCCUGACAUAUGCAUUUAUAACAUUCUGAUUCAUGGAUUGUUCAAGGACGGCAAAGUUGAUGAAGCAAGAAACCUUUUUCAAAAAAUUCUUUUAAAGGGUUUACGGCCUAGUGUCAUAACCUACAACAGUAUGAUACAAGGAUUCUGUCAAGAAGGGUUGCUGGAUGAAGCAUAUAGAAUACUUUUGGAAAUGGAAGAGCACAAUUGCUUGCCUAAUGAAGUUACCUACAACACUCUUAUCCGCAGCUGCUUUAAGAAUAAGAUGUAUGAUGGAGGUUGUGUGCUUAUAGAUGAGAUGAUUGCUCAUGGUUUCAAAGCAGAUGCCUCUACCACCUCCAUGCUCUUCGAUUUGCUGCAAUUGAAAGAGCAGGACCCCGCGCUCCUUGCUUUGCAGAAGAAGUUCAUGCCUUGA